CAGCAGUCUGCAGUAAGUACUACUGAUUCAGCUAGUAGUAAAUUAAUCUCCGGCCACCAUGACUAACGGAAAAGAAGAAGCCGUUAAGGUUUCUGGCCACAUUCCGGCGUUUGAUCCGGCGAAGAAGCCCCCAAGAAACAAAUAUGCCCUGGCCUGCUCUUUUUUAGCUUCACUCGCUUCCAUCUUGCUUGGCUAUGAUAUUGGGGUGAUGAGUGGAGCAGUCAUGUACAUCAAAGACGACCUUAAGAUAACGGACGUCCAAGUGGAGAUCCUCGCCGGGAUACUGAACGUGUUCUCUCUGGUGGGUUCCGCCGCGGCCGGGCGGACCUCCGACUGGAUUGGCCGCCGGUACACCAUGGUGGUCGCCUCCGUGAUCUUCUUCGUGGGGGCCAUCCUCAUGGGUUUCGCCACCAACUAUGCUUUCCUCAUGGUGGGCCGCUUCGUCGCCGGCGUCGGAGUGGGGUACGCGCUCAUGAUUGCCCCCGUUUACACCGCCGAGGUGUCUCCGGCGUCCUCCCGUGGCUUUCUCACCUCCUUCCCUGAAGUUUUCAUCAACGCCGGUAUUUUACUGGGAUAUGUAUCCAACUUCGCAUUCUCCAAGCUCCCGCUUCACCUCAGCUGGCGGUUCAUGCUCGGCGUAGGGGCAAUUCCGUCAGUCUUCUUAGGCUUCAGCGUUCUGACCAUGCCUGAGUCUCCCCGUUGGCUCGUCAUGCAGGGCCGACUCGGGCAAGCCCGCGGCGUUCUCAACCAGACAUCCGAUUCUCCCGAGGAGGCGGAGCAGAGGCUCGCCGACAUCAAGGAGGCCGCCGGAAUCCCGGAACACGUCAGAGACGACGUGGUUCCGGUGACCAAACGCCGAGAGGGGGCCGCCGGCGGGGAGGGGGUGUGGAGGGAACUUUUUGUCUCCCCGACACCGGCCGUCCGCCACAUAGUACUCACCGGUGUGUGCAUUCACUUCUUCCAGCAGGCCACCGGGAUUGACACCGUGGUUCUUUAUAGCCCGAGGAUCUUCGAGAAGGCCGGGAUAAAGUCUGACAACAACAAGCUGCUGUGCACGGUGGCGGUGGGGUUUGUCAAGACUCUCUUCAUUCUGAUUGCGACCUUCACUUUAGACAGGUUCGGGCGCCGGAAGCUGCUGCUGACGAGCAUCGGCGGGAUGGCGGCGUCGAUGGUGUUGCUGGCGGCGGGGCUGACAGUGGUGGACCACACGGACCACAGGGUGACGUGGGCCCUGGUGCUGAGCAUCACGAUGGUGCUGGUCUACGUGGCGUUCUUCUCCAUGGGGAUGGGGCCCAUCACGUGGGUGUAUAGCUCGGAGAUAUUCCCGCUGCGGCUGAGGGCCACCGGGUGCAGCGUCGGCGUGGCGGUCAACCGCGUGACCAGCGGGGUGAUAUCCAUGACGUUCAUAUCGCUGUACAAGGCCGUCACCAUCGGCGGCGCGUUCUUCAUGUACAGCGGGGUCGCCGUCGUCUCGUUCCUGUUCUUCUACGCGCUGAUGCCGGAAACAAGGGGGAGAACGCUUGAGGAAAUGGAGUCUCUGUUCGGGAGUUUCUUCAGGUGGAGGACCACUCUCAAAGAGCUAAAUAAUUUUGAGGCCGGCGCCGCCGUGAAGAAGGCGGCUAAUCCGCCACCGCAGAUUCAAAUGUCGGGCAACACGGAGGAACAGCGCCGGCCGGAAUAAUCAGUAUCUAUAUGAUGAUAUAGUAUAAGCUGUGGUUUUUAAGUGUAAGUGUGGGUUUUGAUGUCCCCAAUGAAAGGUCAAAGGACAUUCAUAUAUGAAGUCAAAGUAGGGGGAGUUCAUGUAGUCAUCCACUAUAUGUCACGGAGUACAAAGUAAUUAAGUUUACAUUUGCAAAAAAACUUGUUUACGCUGCAGCAUUGAGUACAUAUAUCAAUUUCACUUAUGAAGUAAUAAGUAUACUACCAUAUG